CGCUAGACUUUAAGUCUGGGAUGAUCGUGGGUACGGAGACGAUGUUGAGGGGAUGAUCGUGGGUACGGAGACGAUGUUGAGGGGGGGCGAGUCGUCGUGGAGGCUGGAAACGCAGUGCGUGGAGAAACUCCUUCAUCGAUUGAAGGACGAACACAACCUCAUAAUCGUUGAGGUUGUGCAUGACGACUGUGGUGCGGUUGACGUCAUCCUGCGACAAAUGAACAUCGACUCGCAGAAGUGUAUGUGGCACAAAGCCAAGACUUUGGUGAAACGCUUGCGAGAGGCAGUGCGUGCCACUAAGACUGUCAAGACAUCUGUGGUGGGCUCUUGCGAGCACGUUCGCGAGGUGAAGUGUUUCACAAAGAAGGAGAUGGAAGUGUGGCUCGAGACGAAGGGUGUGAGCUUGCCUGGGGCUGCCACGAAAAAGAAGGACGAGCUUGUGGAGAUAGUGUGGGGUGUGUUGUUUCCCAACGAAGCAGGGAAGCCGUUGGAAGAUGACAUUGUCGAGAUCGACGCGUUGGAGGGCUUGCAUUGCAAUGCGGCGGAGGAGAUGAAGGAAUGGUUGUACGGUGCUUGCCGGAUGCACGAACGGGCGCGGGAUGACGACGGCAAUGUAUUGGCCUCACAUGUGCAACACCUAGCCGAUCACUGGGCUGGGGAUCACUCGAUGUACGGCAAGGAGUUGUCGAACCUGUGGAAGGCGGCUGGCGGUUAAGAUAGAUAGUCAUUGUACGA